AUGACGACGAAUGUAAUACUUGAGACCACUAUGGGCUCCAUCACACUGGAGCUGUACACCGAGCACGCGCCCAAGACGUGCGCCAACUUUACCGCCCUCGCGCGCCGCGGCUACUACUCCGGCACCAUCUUCCACCGCGUCAUCCCCAACUUCAUGAUCCAGGGCGGCGACCCGACCGGCACCGGCCGCGGCGGCUCGUCCAUCUACGGCGACGCCUUCGCCGACGAGAUCAGCCCCGCGCUGCGGCAUGCCGGCGCCGGUAUCCUCAGCAUGGCCAACUCGGGGCCCAACACCAACGGCUCCCAGUUCUUCGUCACACUCGCGCCCACGCCGUGGCUGGACGGUAAGCACACCAUCUUUGGCCGCGUGGCGCGGGGCCUGGCCACGGUGAAGCGCCUGGGCAUGGUGCCGACCGGCGCCGAGGACCGUCCGGUCGAGGAUGUCAAGAUUGUGUCGGCGAGAGUGGUGGAAGGGUCAGAGGAGGAGCGGGUCUGA